GGGAGGUGUGACAGGGCUUUCUCCACACACUGCUCCUGGGCCAGUUGCUUCCCUGCUGACAACUGGCAGCCUGUUCAAGAGUCUCCCCUCCAAGCUCUCACCAUUUACCCACUGCUGCUUCUCUGCUGUCUCCUCUCUCUCUCUUUGGGCAACUUACUUCUCUCCCUGUGGAUGUCUCAGGAUGUGGCUGCAAUGCAAAGGUCCAUAGACCAGCAUGGGACUGACUGAGGAUGCUGAUCUGGACCUUUAAACUGUGGAAUACUCAGCAAACUUCUCCCAGAAGGAAGGAAUUCUCAACGUUCGGAUUAUUCUCGUACUGGAAACAAGUAUCUGCUAUCUCCUGAUCAGUCAUAUCUGAGGGACCCCUGACUGCAGUGACCUUUUUAUUAUUAUUAUUUCCUCCCCCCCAAAAGUGGAUUUUCUAUGGUGGAGUUUUGUGUGUGCAUGUUGUGCCAGCUGCAGGCUAACUUGGUGUCUGUCUCCAAGCUGUGAUCUCCAGGACAGGAAGAAAUUUGGGCACUGGAUGAGUUCAGGGUUACAAGGGAUAUUUAACCCUAAUCCUCAGACAGCUGCUUCAACUCAUCCAAGUCAGAGCCCCCUCACUGCAGCCCCUGUCUCCAGGUUAACCCCAUACUGGGGCAUCUGCAAGUUUACUGUGCCAGUAGCUCCAGUAUUUCCAGUUUGCAGGGAAGCAGGCUGGGCAUCAGAGAGGGGAGAGGAUCUGGUGUGUUCACAGCCCCAAGCCAUGUGGGCAGAGGGCACCCCUUUAGCGUUGCUGGCAGCUGCUUCCUUCCUGCUGGCAGUGUUGGCAGCCGCCCGGGGGAGCGGUGAGUACUGUCACGGGUGGGUGGAUGCCCAGGCGGUGUGGAGGGACGGAUUCCAGUGCCCGGAGCGCUUUGAUGGGGACGAUGCCACCAUCUGCUGCGGUACCUGCGUCCUGCGUUACUGCUGCUCCAGCGCCGAGGCCAGGCUGGACCAGGGUGUGUGUAAUAACGACAGACAGGAGGGGGCGCCACACGAAAGGCCGGAUAAGGACAGCCACGACUCCGCGGCAGUUCCUAUCUACGUCCCAUUUCUAAUCGUAGGUUCUGUUUUUGUGGCAUUUAUCAUCUUGGGGUCGUUGGUAGCUGUUUGCUGUUGCCGAUGCCUCAGGCCAAAACAGGAGCCUCAGCAGAGUCGAGCACCUGGAAGUAAUCGUCUAAUGGAGACCAUUCCCAUGAUCUCAAGUGCUAGUACCUCACGUGGCUCUUCCUCUAGACAGUCAAGCACAGCUGCCAGCUCCAGUUCCAGUGCCAAUUCGGGUGCCAGGGCACCCCCUACAAGAUCCCAAACCAACUGCUGUUUGCCAGAAGGAGCUAUGAAUAAUGUUUAUGUAAAUAUGCCUACCAAUUACUCUGUGUUGAACUGUCAACAAGCCACCCAACUUGUUCCACACCAAGGACAAUACCUACAUCCUCAGUUUGUAGGCUAUGCCGUACCUCAUGACUCUGUAACCAUGACCCCUAUGCCUCAGUUCUUAGAUGGACUACAAGGUGGAUACCGACCAAUGCAGUCACCCUACCCUCACAGUAAUCCUGAACAGAAGAUGUACCCAGCUGUGACUGUGUAAAUUGUACCAUCUUCAUUGGAUUGGGAAUGUAAAUAUUGCCACCCAGCCAUAGAAUCUUGACUGGGAGGAGCACCGACUCCAGAACUUCUGACAAUGUCAUUAGGUUUCAUUGGACUUCUAAGCUAUACCCAAGUGUUGAAUGGCUGUUUUGUUCAAUGCAUGGAUAACAGUGGUAAGAGGUUUCAAGUGUGCAGAUUUUGUUUUAUAGGAUUCUUUUAUUGUCUUUAAAACCUGAGCCAUUAACCCGCUCUAUUGAGGGGAUCUCCAGAGUUCCUACAAAGAGAAAUGUUUAGUGUCCUUUGGAAGAGCAGAUAUGCUUUCUUUGUCUUUGCCAAUGCAAGUGUGGCACAUCAGGUGCUGUAUCAAUUUCAUGUUUAACAUUGACAAUCAUAUCGACAAUCAAACAGUAAAUCUGUGUUGUUGUUUUUUCUAAUCGAUGCCUACAUCAGGCGUGUAUUUUUUAAGAUAUAUAUUGUACAAAGAUUCCCAAAAAGAAACAAAUGAACAUGUGUAUAUAUAAUGACAAAUACACUAUUCUCAAAG